GUGGAGGGUCCGGCCGGUACUGUACCCAUCUUUUAUGAUAGCGGUGCCCUACCAGAAAGGCAAUCUUGGGACCAACUCUUCAAUAACCCGACUGCAAGUAAGGACUGGACAGCUCAACCGAACAAGUACGCACCACACAUUCUUCCAUGGCCCAAAAAAAGGAAAGGCAGGGAAACUUCAAGCGUCGUCGCUCUCAAUCUGUUGGUAAAUCUUAUACUAUCCACAAUUAAAGUAUCUUUCAUCAACCACUUGAAUUAUUGGGACCAACAGGUUUAUGACAUGAUAUCAUAGAAAUCUGUUGACCGAGAGUUAUUAGUUAAUCCCGCGACAACCCUCAUCUGUUAUGUUAGUAAAGGUGACCGGUUGGUUUAUGACGCGUGGUAUCAAAAUCUGGUUUGGCUUAAAUGGUCUUGUGUUUGAACACGCGGUAUUGUGGGCAUGUACAAAUUUCAAGCCUACGAGUCGGCUUGAAUUUGAGGAGGUGCGUAAGAGAGGGGGUAUGAGCUAGAUUCAUAAUAACAUUCUCCCCAACAGCAAGAGUUAUUGGAACUGGCUGAUUUAUGAUGUUGUAAGAGAGUGUGAUAUAAGAUUCAUAAUAUAUUAAAUUUUGUUUGGCCAAAAUCAUCGUGUGUUUGAAUCUCCACGCGCGUAUUAUGAGUUAAUUUAUAGCAACACAACCCUUGUGGUGUUGUGGUGUUGGCCCCAUCUCUUAUCUAGAAAACCUACGUCCGCUCCCACUUUCCGGGGGCAAUCAUAAAAGAUAGCGAUCCCCCGGUCGAGAUCUCGUCCACAGUUCACUCGUUCAUUGUUUUUUUUUUUUUUUCUUACUUCUUUGGGCUAGCCGACAAUAACGCGUCUGCAAAAAUUAUUUCCCUUUUGAACAUGGCCGGCCGGAGUGCAAUGCCGGCGGCAGUGAUUUCCAUGGUCUUGCCACUGAUGUUAUUGCUAUCAUCCUGUUCUUCAUCCGGCGCCGGACCCAUCACGUCGAUUUUCAGCUUCGGUGACUCCAUUGCCGACACCGGGAACCACUGCUACCUCCUGUUCAAGGCCGGAAAGCGUGCCAACAACUGUUUUCUCCCCUACGGGGAGACGUUCUUCCGGCGGCCCACUGGCCGCAGCUGCGACGGCCGCCUCAUAAUUGACUUCAUCGCUGAGUAUUUAGGGCUGCCUCUGCUGCCGCCUUAUUUUGGCGGAAGCCCCGACAACUUCCACGGCGGGGUGAAUUUCGCGGUGGGGACGGCGACGGCGCUUCACACUGACUUCUUGACGUCAAAACUGGAUGUUAAGAUAACCACCACCAACGUUUCCCUGGGAGUGCAGUUGGAUUUGUUCAAGCAACUGUUGCCUUCCCUCUGUGGAGAUGGUAUCCAAACAGGCUGCCGACACUUGUUCAGCAAAUCACUUUUUAUAUUGGGAGAGAUUGGAGGGAAUGACUAUAAUUUACCCUUGACCGAUGGACACGGCUUCAACGACGACAUUCAACAACUUGUGCCCCUUGUUGUCGGUUACAUUGGAUUCGUCCUCAGGGAGAUCAUCGAGCUAGGGGCAGUCAACAUUCUAGUUCCCGGAAACUUCCCGAUUGGGUGUCUACCCUUCUACUUAACAAAGUUCCGCAAUUCAAGUUCAAUGAACUACGAUCCUUCCACCGGAUGUCUCACUCGGCUCAACAAGCUUUCGAAGUAUCACAACGAGCUCCUACAAGCUGAAUUGAGUAGCACGAGACAACUUUAUCCCGACGUUAAUAUCAUCUACGUCGAUUAUUACAACGCCGUGUUUCGCAUAUAUCAAGCACCCGAGCAAUUUGGGUUUACAGGGGAAACUUGGAAAGCAUGUUGUGAAGGAGAAGGGUCGGUCCAAUGUGGGAGCCCAUCGGUGAAGCCUUGUGAUGAUUCUUCCAAAUACGUGAACUGGGAUGGGCUUCAUUUCACUGAAGCAACUUAUGGAUCGGUGGCCCGGUCCAUAUUGGAAGAAGGCUUAUUCAUGCACCCUUCUUUCAAUCUCUCUUCAUCUUCACGUAUUGCUAGGGAUUCAGGGGACUACUUUCCCAAUUCCUUUUGAUGCCACGUAGAAACAACCAAGCAUGUAAACUCACUAUUGUUAGUGUUGUGGUAUAUGAUCCACGAUUGAACAUCUCUCAACAACUCGAGUUAUUGGGAGCAACUGGUUCAUGACACGGUAUCAGACCCUUUUGUGACCGAGAGGUCUUGUGUUUGAUUCCCGGUGACCCCCAUUUGUUAAGCACAUGGUAUUCUUGUCUUCGGACCCGUGCAAACUUCAAGCCCUUGUGAGUGGCUUUCGUUUGAGGGGGCGUGUUAGUGUUGUGGUAUAUGAUCCACGGUUGAACCUCUCCCAACAACUCGAGCUAUUGGGAGCAACUAAUUCAUGACAACUAUCACUAUCCUGCCACAUUAUGCAAUUAUUAUUAUUAUUAUUUGGUUAAUACCCCAUGCUACAAGCCUACAACCGCCGGAUCACCCUAAUGUCGUGAUGUCAAUUGUUGGAUGUACGCGCGUUAAUAUAUCGUAUUCGUCGAA